AUGUGUCUGGUGUGUCGGGACUCAAAACUUCACAGGAAUCAUCAGUUCAGUCCCAUUGCUGAAGCAGCAGUUGACCACAAGGAGGAGCUCAAGGUCAACGUGGAUCCCUUAAAGGAAAAGCUAAAGGCUUUUGAAAAAGUAAAACUCACCUAUGAUGAAACAGCAAAACACAUUAAGACUCAGGCCCAGCAUACACAGAAGCAGAUCAUGGAGGAGUUUGAUAAGCUUCACCAGUUUCUACGAGAUGAAGAGGCAGCCAGGAUAGCUGCACUGAGGGAGGAAGAGGAGCGGAAGAGUCAGAUGAUGAAGGAGAAGAUUGAGAAGAUGAGCAGAGAGAUCUCAUCUCUUUCAGACACCAUCAGAGCCAUAGAAGAGAAGGUGGGCGCUGAUGACAUCACAUUUCUACAAAACUACAAGAGCACAGUGGAAAGAGCCCAGUGCACACUGCAGGAUCCAGAGAGGGUUUCAGGACCUCUGAUCAAUGUGGCAGAACACCUGGGCAACCUGAAGUUCAGAGUCUGGGAGAAGAUGCAGGAGAUUGUCCAAUACACUCCUGUGACUCUGGAUCCCAACACUGCAGCAUACACUCUCAUCAUGUCUGAGGAUCUGACCAGUGUGAGACAGGGUGAUAAGAGCCAGCAGCUUCCUGAUAACCCAGAGAGAUUUGAAAAGUAUGCCAGUGUCCUGGGCUCUGAGGGCUUUAACUCAGGGACUAACUGCUGGGAUGUGGAGGUUGGAGAGAACACAUGGUGGCAGGUGGGUGUGAUGACAGAGUCUCUCCAGAGGAAGGGAAACUAUUACUCCAUGAGUGGACUGUGGUAUGUGGGGUAUAAAGAUGGUAAAUAUGGAGCAUGUUCUACACCACAGCCCUCCACUCUCCUCACAGUGAAGCAGAAACUCCAUAGGAUCAGAGUGCAGCUGGACUGGGACAGAGGAGAGCUGUCAUUCUCUGACCCUGAUAAUAACACACACCUACACACUUUCACACACACUUUUACUGAGAGAGUGUUUCCAUACUUUGGUAUUGGCUGUAAACUCUCUCCUCUGAGGAUGUUACCAGUGAGAGCUUCAGUGAAAGUAGAGAAGCACAGCAAGAGAUGAUGUCACUUCCUUUUGCCAGGUUAAUAAUAACUUUUUUAUGGUGUUAAAAUGUCUUCAUGCAUUAACCAUUCUGACUAAUUGGUUUUAUUGUUAGUUGCCUUAAGAAAAUCCCACAGGUGUCACGUGAUCUGAACUCUGUAAAUAUUACAAAUUGAAGGGCAAACAUCUUUGACAGAAAUGUAAAUUAAAUUCCUAAACAAGUUACUUUCAUUUUCUAAAGGUACGCUGAUGUUGGCUAAAUUUGUCCAUCCUUCAGUAUAAUCUGUUAAAUCCCACUGAGGUCCUGAAACAGUGGAGCAGCUCAGCUUCAGCUUCAUUAGUCUGAUCAGACUCUGACACUGAUGUUAACACUGAAACUAAAGCUGCUUUAAUGGGCUUUAAUCCAUUUUGUGAUUUUAGUUAAUGAGAGUUUUGACUGAUACGAGAGAUAAGGAGUUAUAAGCAAAAUGUUUCAGAAAUGUUUCUUGUGGUUGAUGCAGCAAUCUGUCUCUAUUCCAGUAAAGAGCUGUAAC